UCUACUGUCUGAUCCACCCUUUCGGAGCAGAAGGUGGCGGUAAUGCACCAAUGAGCUGGAUGCCAACCGCCGUAUAAUAUACGAAGAAGAUUUGGUUUCCUUGGCAGCGGGAGGAGGAGCUUUCUGCCUUGGGUUUGUUUGCUUGCUGUGCCACAUCGCACAACACAGAGCCAUCUGUGUGAACGGUGAUAGCGGUUUAAACAGGCCCUGUGGCCAUGGCUAAAGACCCGUUAGCCGAGGCAGGCUUUUAUUUUGAUGAACUCAACAAGCUACGGGUACUGGAGCCCGAUGUCAGCCAGAAAACCUCAGAGCUCAAGGAAGAGUGUAAAGAAUUUGUGGACAAAAUUGGCCAGUUCCAGAAGAUAGUGGGAGGUCUAAUUGAGCUGGUGGAUGAAUUGGCGAAAGAAGCGGAGACAGAAAAGAUGAAGGCAAUUGGAGCCAGAAACCUGCUGAAGUCAGUGGCAAAGCAAAGAGAGGCUCAACAGCAGCAGCUUCAGGCUCUCAUAGCCGAGAAGAAGAUGCAACUUGAGAGAUAUCGUAUUGAGUAUGAAGCCUUGUCCAAGGUGGAGUCAGAGCAGAACGAGUUUAUCGACCAGUUCAUUCUGCAGAAGUGAGGAUGUGACUGAGACAGCAAAAAAAAAAAAAGUACGACAUCUGUACGACCAUUUCCAGAGUGCCUGUCCUGUUUUCUCUGAGCGAUGCCCACUUCAGAGAAAUACUUUGCUGCAACCGUUUUCCCGAAGCAAUCCCAAAGCUCCAACAUCAUCCUAAAAAGUGUGUGUGUGUGUGUGUGUGUGUGUGUGUGUCAGACCAACAUCAAAGCAGAUGGAGCUAUUUAUACAAGUGAAUGUUAUUUAUACUAUUUAUACUGAAAAAAUUGACUCUGUAUAUCUAGUUUUAUUACAUUUUGUAUCAAUUUAAAUACUGCAUGUGCAUGCAUCUGUAUAUACAUUUAUAAGAUAGAAGUUGAUCCUGAUUCGAUCAUCUGUGUUAUGUUUGCUUAUAUUUCAUUCUUCUGGUACAACCAGUCAGUGGGCACAGCACGUGAGGAAUACAUAGUCCUCUUUUUCUUCUUUCUGUAUGUUAUGUGUGUCAUUGUCUUUUAAUGUAUGAAUUAAAAUGACAAAUGGUUAUACUUGAAUAAAUCCUGUAUUGUAUUGCACAA